UCAGAUAGAAUCUGAAAAUCAAUAAUUACGUUGUCCAGGUACAAACUGAUGUAAAUCGUAUGAAGAUUUGUAUAUUUUUACCUAGAUCUUACAGCAUCAUGGCUUCCGCAAGAAAAUACCUAUUCGUGGCAGCUAUAGACUUUGGUACCACCUACUCUGGGUAUGCUUUCUCUAGUAAAGAUGAUUUCGAUAACGAACCGCUGAAAAUCAAGAGCAACGUUUGGAACUCUGGAACUUUGAUGUCGUAUAAGGCUCCAACGGCACUCCUCCUCAAACCGGAUCAGACCAUCUGCUCCUUCGGCUACGAGGCCGAGACUAUGAUGGCAGAGGAUGGCACUUCUCUCAAAGAUCAUUUUUACUUCCACAGGUUUAAGAUGGUACUCUACAAUAAUAAGGGCCUACAACGCAACACGAAGAUUAAGGACGAAACAGGAAAAUCUCUGCCAGCCCUAGACGUAUUCGGACACUCGAUUGCCUUCCUGAAUGGCCACCUGACGGACGCAAUCAAGAAACAGUUUGGCAACAUAAUGGAUGGUGACAUCAAAUACGUACUAACGGUACCCGCGAUCUGGGACGAUAACUCCAAGCAGUUUAUGAGGGAAGCAGCACUCAAGGCUGGUAUACUAGAAGAGCAUCUGAUGAUAGCCUUAGAGCCGGAGGCAGCUUCAAUCUAUUGCCAACACAUACCAGUGGAAAGGGCAUCAAAUAGCUUCUUAGAGAGCGCCAGAGCAGGCCUUGCCUACAUGGUCGUCGAUUUGGGAGGUGGCACAUUAGACAUCACAAUCCAUCAACGACAACCGGACAAGACGCUGAAGGAACUUCACGAAGCCACAGGAGGAGCUUUAGGGGGGAAAUCGGUUGAUGACGCGUUUGAAAAAUUUGUAGAAGAAAUAGUAGGACAAGAAAAUAUCCAACAGCUAAAGGAAACCAGUAUGGAUGAUUAUGUUCAUCUUCUUCGAGAAUUUGAAAUGAAGAAACGACAGAUUACUGAAAUCAAACCUGAAAAAGUAUCGAUGUCAGUACCUUUCGCACUCGUGGAACUUCUGCAGAAAGACAAAAAAAGAAAAGGCAUCGACAACGCUGUUAAGAACUCAAAGUUUUCCUCAAAUGUAACGAGUGCACGUCAAAAACUACAAAUACAGAACACAGAAUUUAGAAAGUUUUUUCAACCAACAAUUGACGGUAUCAUCAAGCACAUGGAAGAUAUACUUUACGAUGAAAAGUUCAUGGAUGUGAAAUAUAUUUUAAUGGUAGGUGGUUUUUCAGACUGUGUACUUGUACAGAAUGCUAUCCGUCAUAGAUUUACAGAGAAAGUGGUCAUAGUCCCAGAUGAUGCCGGAUUAGCCGUGUUGAAAGGUGCCGUUCUGUACGGACAUCAACCAAGGUCUAUUAGCAGCAGAGUGGCACGUUUCACGUACGGCAUCCAGAGCUGGCCUGCAUUCGAUCCACGUAACCAUCCAGCGGACAAGAAGAUCGUUAUCGAUGGCGUUGCACGAUGUCAGGACGUUUUCUUUAAGUACAUAGAAAUAGGGCAACAAGUUACACCUGGCCAUGCGGAAUCUCAGGUUUUCCAGGCUUUGAAACCAGACGAAGAGAGUUUAGAAUGUUCUGUGUAUGUAUCUUCGAAAAGAGAUCCUUUGUUUGUAGACGAGGAAGGGUGUCGGGAACUAGGUGUACUCAAAGUGCCUUUGGGUUCCAGUAGAAGGAGGGGACCAGCUGAGGUUGAGGAGACCCUGAUAUUUGGGGAGACUGAGCUCCACGUGCGUGCAAGGAACAGAUCUACCGGGAAAAUGUACGAGGCAAGCUUUGACCUUCUGGGCGAAGGUUUCUAGUGUGCAUUUUAACUGAAGAAGUGCCAAAUUUCCAUGCGGUAGUUCCUCUAGACACUGAGGAAUAUUUGAGACUAAAGUUAUGAUACAUAUAUGAUCUGAAUAGUCCUAACCAAAUACAGAAGUACAACACAGGAGGCGUAUCUUGCUGAAAAAGCUAGUGUACUACAUUAAAGUAUAUUCAAAAUGCUGAAAGGAAUCGUGAUAUUGUGCACAGGCCAUCGCAGUCCUUUAAUGGUAGAUUAUUUCACAAUGUCGGACUAAUGCAAGGGGAAAUUAUUUUAUUCCCAUUACUUUUUUUUGUUAUUGGUGAAUGAUUUUGAAAGCAGUUAAAUUGAAAAUACUGAUGAUUUAUAUAUAAUAAUGUUGUCAGUGUCGUCAGGAUUAUAUUGUUCUACACUGUUUUUGUUCCAUAUCGUUAUUGUUUGAUAAUCUAGUCUCAUCAUCAUCAUCAUCAUCAUCAUCAUCAUUCUACGGUGAACAUAAUUUUCUUAGCAAACCAAUUAAAAUUAAUCACUGUCAAUAUUGAAUAACACAAAGCAUACGUAUCUUGCUUUUUGUAUACUAUGUAAGGCAUGCUGUUUAAGUAGUAAAAGAAAUAAAUUGAAUUGAAUUGAAUUGAA